CACUAUAUUUUUCCUGUAACACUUGGGGCAAACACCAACCCACAGAGCAUUGUUAUUGGGAAGCCAAGAGAGGAGCACUCGGCUCUCACACUCUCCGGCUGCAUCUAAAGCUCACACAUUGCGCUUCCCUUCUGCAGGUAUAACUAAAACCUAAUUGCCAUGGAUCCGGUCUCUGUACUUCUGUCUGUUGUUGUUUGUAUUUUCCUAUUUAAAUUCUUCUAUGGUGGGGAGAAAGAAUCUCAGAACUUCCCUCCUGGGCCCAAACCAUUACCCCUCAUUGGGAAUCUGCACAUGAUAAAUAUGAAGAAACCCCAUCUAACAUUUAUGGAGCUGGCUGAGAAGUACGGCCCAGUAUUCAGCGUUCACCUUGGGGCAAAUAAGGCAGUUGUGCUUUGCGGCACUGACGCAGUGAAAGAUGCACUUAUCAACUAUGCCGAUGAGUUUUCGGGGAGGCCCAAAACACCACUUUUUGAGCAAACUUUUAAAGGAAAUGGUAUUGUUUUUGCUGAUGGUGAGAACUGGAAAGUGAUGAGAAGAUUCACUAUUUCUACACUAAGAGACUUUGGGAUGGGAAAGAAAACUAUAGAAGACAGAAUCAUUGAAGAAAGUUGCUGUUUGGUGGAAACAUUCAAGUCCCAUAAAGGGAAGCCAUUUGAUAACACCAUGAUAUUGAACGCCGCUGUAGCCAACAUCAUUGUGCACAUACUGCUCAAACACCGCUUUGAGUAUCAGGAUCCAACGCUGCUCAAGCUUAUAAAAGGCGUGAAUGAAAAUGUCAGGAACGGUGCACGUCCUAUCGUCAUGCUGUAUAACGCAUUUCCAUCAAUUAUUCAAUGGAUUCCCGGAACUCACAAAAGAAUUUUAGCAAACACCCAAAAUUUUUUCAACAUUCUCAAAGAAAUAUUUAUCGAACACAGGGAUCAACUGGAUGUAAAUGACCAGAGGGAUCUCAUCGACACGUUCCUUGUCAAGCAACAAGAGGAGAAGUCAUCUUCUACAAAGUUUUUCCAUGAUGAAAAUCUGAAAGUCCUCAUAGGCAAUUUAUUUGCCGCUGGAAUGGAGACGACCUCUACCACUCUUCGCUGGGGUAUCCUGCUAAUGAUGAAAUAUCCAGAAAUUCAAAAAAAAGUCCAAGAUGAAAUUGACAGAGUGAUGGGAUCAGCAGAACCUCGGCUUGAACAUCGGAAACAAAUGCCCUAUACUGAUGCUGUUGUUCAUGAAAUUCAAAGAUUUGCCAACCUUGUGCCUAACGGCCUUCCCCAUGCAACAACUACGGACGUCACAUUCAGGGGAUACUUCAUCCCAAAGGGAACCCAAGUGAUCCCACUGCUGACUUCUGUUCUGCGAGAUAAAGCCUAUUUCAAAAAGCCAGAGGAAUUUUACCCGGAACAUUUCCUCGACUCUAAAGGAAACUUUUUGAAAAACGAAGCAUUUCUUCCCUUUUCGGCAGGUAAAAGAACUUGUGCCGGAGAGACGUUGGCCAAGAUGGAACUCUUCUUGUUCUUCACAAAGUUACUGCAGAACUUCACAUUCCAACCCCCUCCUGGAGUUGAGGUCCAACUGACCCGUGGAGUUUCACUUACCUCCAUACCUUUAGACCACAAGAUCUGUGCAUUGUCUCGCAGCUAGACAAACUCUACACACAAUAACAAGAAAAUUAAUCUUUUAAUCGAAAAACUGUCAUUUUAAGAAACAACAAACUGAUACCACUAAGCAUUAGAGAGAGAAGAUUUCCUUGUGAUUUUAGCCAUUAUUUGGCAAAUUAUGUAACAUUGUUGUUUUUACUGCUGUACAUAUAUUUUUUCAUAUGUUUUAUAAUAGUUCUCAAUGUUAUAUAUAAUAAAAUGUAGCCCAAACAAAUCAUUAAAAAAAGUUAU